AUGCCCCGGUGCACGUUGGCCAACUCACCCAGGAGCAGCUCGAGCAGACCCUCCGAGUGCGUCCUCUCUUCCUUCCCGUCCCCGCCCCCCUCACACCCAGCCCCGCAGAUCCUCGGCCCAGUGCGCGCUCCACUGCCGUCCGAACUCCCACCAUCCCCUCCCGCGUCUCGCGAGCCCUCCCCCACCCUCAAGCGGCGCCAGCCCCCCGAGUCCACCUCCGAGCCACUCCUCAAACGUCCUCGAGUCGACUCUCAGUCCUCUGUUCGCCCCCACCAUUUACCUCCCCGACCCGUCCCAGUGGCAUCUCCCACCAAGCUCGAGCCCCAGGAAGACGGCGAGCUCAAGGAAGAGCCUACCGCCUCCUCCUCCUCCGUCCCCGUCCCCGUCCCCGCCCUCGCCCCCACCCCCGCCCCGCCAAGCUUUCCCGUACGCCGCCCUCGGCGAGCCGUGCCCAGUUCUGCCGAGUGGACAGGCAUGGCCAACCAGUCCUUCCGCCACGCUCGUAUACUCAAGUACUCGGGCUACGCGCGGAUCGCCUCGGAACACCCCCCGACGUCCAAGGAUUACAAGCCUCUUUCUCAUCCACCUCCUGCUGGAUCGCCUUACGCCCUCCACAGCCUACGCAUCGCUCGUCUCGAGAUCGUCGAGUCCUUCGUCCAGGCGGUGUACGCGAUCUGGUGCAUGGAUCAGAUCCCAGAAAGCUCGCGCAACGAGAAGAGCUGCAAUCGCAACUCAUGGCGCACAACAGAAGAGGCCGUCAGGGCCAUAGAGAGUAAACUCCAGGCGGAAGCUGGAGACGAGCGCGAGAAGGCUUUUGUCGGCCUGAUUCAAAUGAUCCACGGGUUCAUUCUUUCGCGCAAGGUGUACUAUGCCGUGAAGGGGACAGAUGCGAUGAACGACCGCAAGCUCGGCGUUAUCAGAGAGAAGAAGAAGGCCUUGGAGUUGGCUCGGAACGCUCAGCAGACAAACAUGCUCCCUUCCCCUGCUAGCAGCUCUACUACCAGUAGCUCACACUCGACUCCGCUUGGGGGUCACAACGCGGCCCCACACCGGCCGCCGCCACCACCGCCGCCGCCUCAUCCAACCGCCGAGAACAGCGAUAUACGAGUCGAUGUCACCGAAAUGUUCCUCUUACAGAACAGGAGUCUGAGCGGUAGCGUUCGUAUGGUCGGGGGUCGGUUUGCGGAUGCGGAAGACACCCUCAGCCUUUCCACUUUGUGUCGGCACUUCCCGCGGACAUUUGCUCGGGUUGUCCACUCGAAUCUAUCGGCACAAGACGAGUAUCAACCCGACUUCCAGGAUCAAGAAUGCGAGCUCCAUUGGCCCGUACAGUCCUUGACGGGAGGUGGCCUGGGGUGGGCCUGCCACAUGGGCAUGUCGAUGGUGAAAGAGUACGGCAAGGAUUUCGGAUACCAAAGUGUGGCCAACCCGGUACCUUGGCUGGCCGGGGAAGAAAGCCUUGGACAUGCGGAACCGCGCUGGGAGAAGAGGAGGGACUGA